GAGAGCGGCUCAGCGGCGCAGAAGUGAUGUUACUCGGCGACCACCUGCACGCAAAGAUGGGCUCCGGUCUGCUCUGUUUGUCUGUCCUGGCUUUGCUUUGUACGUCAGUAUCGACACAGUUUGUGCCUCCGUAUACCGAGGAUUGCCGCACCGGCAUGUAUCCACCCAAAGGGCCAACUUUCAAAGGUGCUGUCACCUGGUAUACAGUGGACCUUGAUUUGCCACCCAGCAAAAGGUGGACGGAGGUGAUCACUGACAAGAAAGCUGAUCUGGUCACCAUGAUCGCGGCGAUUAAAGAUUUGGCAGAUGCCUUCGUUCCAAGUGGGAAACUAAUAAAUCUGGUGGAUAAAGACUUGCCUCUUAUAUUGAACACCCUUCCCUACCCUUUCAACGAGGAGAUCGUAGGAAUCGCCAAGGAUUCUGGCGUUCCUCUGGGAGAGAUCGUGCUGUUCAAUAUUUUUUACGAGGUGUUCACAGUCUGCACAUCAAUGGUUGCAGAGGAUGAAAACGGCAAUUUAUACCAUGGACGAAAUUUAGACUUUGGGUUAUUCAUGGGAUGGGACAUGAAAAAUAAAUCCUGGACAAUAACUGAAAAACUCAAACCGCUUGUGGUGAAUGUGGACUUCAGGAGGAACAACCACACCGUCUUCAAGUCAACCAACUUCGCUGGAUAUGUGGGCAUGCUCACAGGAAUUAGACCGCACACCUUCACUCUCACCAUGAAUGAACGCUUCAGCCUCGAUGGAGGAUACAUUGGGAUCCUGGAGUGGAUUUUGGGCAAGAGGGACGGGAUGUGGAUGAGCUUCCUCACACGCUCUGUCCUGGAGAAUGCCACCAGCUAUGAGGAUGCCAAGAACCAGCUGGCCCAAACCGAACUGCUGGCUCCAGCCUACUUCAUUCUGGGGGGUAACCAGACCGGGCAGGGCUGUGUGAUCACCAGGUCCAGACUGCUCAGUCUGGAUGUCUGGGAGCUUGACCUCAAGCUGGGCAGGUGGUACGUGCUGGAGACCAACUAUGACCACUGGAAGGAGCCCCUCUUCCUGGACGACCGCAGAACCCCUGCCAUGAAGUGCAUGAACGAGACCAUGCAGGCUAAUAUUUCAGUGAAGACCAUGUACGAUGUUCUUUCAACAAAGCCAGUCCUGAACAAGUUGACCACGUACACCACCCUGAUGGAGGUGUCCAAGGGUCGACUGGAGUCCUACAUCCGGGACUGCCCUAAUCCCUGCAUGCCCUGGUGAACCUCCAUCCCCCCUAUGGAGACUCCCAGCACUGACCCUGGAACUGCUUCUGCCUUUUGCACAAAAUAGUACAGUACUUGGGGGUUAAGUUGAGGGGUUUUUGGGCCACGCAGGAAGUUUGCAGGAGAGGCUUCCCAUGUUUAACA